AUGGUUUCCGAUUCCCGGAUCUUGGAUAAUGAUGUAACGGACGACACAUUCAAGCAGCUCAGACAACUCAUGGAUACGCCAAACCUAGUGAUCGAGUACCGUCGGGAAUUCUAUUCUCGACGAGAACUCGCUGAUGAAAACGUCCGCACGUAUGCUCGAACUCUGCGACAUCUAGCGGAGCGUGCAUUUCCAAACCAAUCUAGCCCAGAACGCGAUCGCCGAUUCCUGGAACAGCUCGUUGAGGGCACAUCAUCCACCAGUGCCCAAAAAGAAUUCUACCUACAACACCCAGAGGAAUUACACGAGGCUGUCGAAAGGGUGAAGGUACUGGAGAGACGCGACGCAACAAUAGCCCACCAAAGUAGAGCACAAUCCCCUUACACUCACCGUUUCUUCCACGUCGGUACUCCUCGAUGCAUACCACCCCAAAGUGGAGCAAAAUUUAGCCGACCCGGAUGUUGGGAUUAG